AUGCACGCGGUGCAGGCGGGAGGGCCCGGCCUGAAGGCCCUGACGCUAACCAAGGAGCACCUGGCCAUCCACGCGGCAGAGCGGCAGCGCAUCUCGGCGGCGGGCGGCUUUGUAUCCAAGGACGGGCGCCUCAACGGGCGCAUCCAGGUGUCCCGUUCUUUUGGUGAUGCCCAGUUCAAGCGCAGCGGCGCCACGGCAGCCCCAGACAUGCAGGUUUUUGACGCCCAGGGGGCUGUCGCUAUGGUGCAGCAGCUGCUCUCAGAGGGGCGCGACCCCAAGGCCAUCACCAACCGCCUCAUCAACGCGGCCGUUCGCGAGCGGCGCUGCAAGGACAACUGCACCAUCAUGCUGCUCGUGUUUGGCAGCAGCAGUGAGGGCGGCGCAGCAGCACAGCAGCUAGCGCCGGUCGCAGAGACAUCGGCGGCAGCAGACGGGCAGAUGCCAGCAGCGGCAGUAACCUGA